CAGCAGCCCUCGUCAAAAGGAGGUCUCUACUCUUUCUUCUCUGUGUGUUUUGGUUAGUCAACUGCUAGCUGCCAGUGACAGUGAUGAGUACAUACAGCCAGAGGAAGCAGUCAUACAACGCCUUAAAGAGAUGUUUGGUUGUCCCUUCUCCUCCUUCUCAAAACAGGGAAUACUACUUAUCCUACUCUCUAACCUCCACUAUGGUGUGGGUGUUUCUUCAUACCGGUCGUUCCACAAGACAGUAGGGGACUCCGUGGAGAUCCCUGCAGGCUUAGAGGGGCAUAAUGUCACCAUAAUGCAGUGGAAGUUCAGAGGGAAGGAUAUUGCAGAAUUCAACUCAGAAGUUGUAUAUUCACUAGGAUCCCAGUUCGAGGGGAGACUAGAGAUGAAUGUCAUUAACUUCAGUUUAACCAUUAGGAAACUGACUCUGCAAGACUCAGGGGAAUUUCUAGUUAGUGCUGAAACAGACGAGCAGAUUCCCACUAAGGCUGUCACUCUUCAGGUUCAUGAGCCUAUAUCGAAGAUGGUGAUCCAGACAGACAUCAAGCUAUUGGCCAACCACUCCUGUACGGUACGGCUGGUGUGCAACGUGUCCUGCUACCCCAACAUUACCUACACGUGGGAGAGAGACAAUGAGAUCUACGGUGACGCCCAGCAGAUUCACUUCUCUCUCUCACCAGCAGAGAGAGACAUCAAUGUAAAGUGCAACGCCUCCAACCUAGUCAGUUGGAAAACUGCCUCUACGACAGUAAAGUGUAGUAAUGACACAACCACCCCAGGACAGGCAUGGUAUUCCAUCUACAUCGGAGUAUCAGUAGGAGGCGCUGUGGUGCUGAUCCUCACUGUAGCUGUGGCAGUGUGCUACUGCAGGAAACACCGUAACAAAGCAGAUCUAACUGACAACACAAUAUAUGCUGAUGUUAUGGACUACACAAUAAUUAGAUACAAGAUCAAACAGUCAUCUAAACCCAAUAUCCAUCUAUGAAACUGUCAAUGAUCUGGUUAUCCCAAGAUUGAACAAGCCGCAGACUGUGUAUGACAAGAUCACGUUUGGAUGCCGGGAAGCCCACCUUCUCCUUUCCAGGAAGUAUUGUGAGCUGAACAGGAUGUGGUCACAGGCUGUGCCUUCCAUAGAUAUGGAACCCUCUGCAUCUUACACGUGUACAUUCUGAAGAUAGGCCUAGAUGUUUCUGUUAAAUUUCACGCCCUACACUAUUUGUUUACUUUUUCACGAUUGUAAUCUUCCCCCUUUGUUGAUCUCAUAUAUACAAAGUCGA